CAAUCUUUGAACAACCUAAACCAUUUGAAAAGAAAACACAACUUAAAUUUUAUUGGCGUCAUUGAACCUAAAAUACAACAAAAAAUUUUAAACAAAAAAGAAGAAGAUGCUUCACUUUCCUUAUGCUUUUGCUCAUUUCCAAAACAGAUUCUGGAUUUUCUGGAAUAAUGAUAACAAUGUUUGUGUUGUUCAUGAAGGCACCCAGUAUAUGUCAAUGUUUAUUACUAAUAAUGGGGAUUCAGCCCCUACUUGGUUAGUAUUGUUCAUGGCAGUAAUGACAUGAUUCAAAGAAGGCUCCUCUGGACAGAACUAACUCAGCUUAGAGCAACCCACACCUCUGCACCUUGGAUAAUUGCAGGCUAAAGGACCACUCCAACAAUGAGGGGAUUUUGCACCAUCAAAUUACUGUCAAAGAGGCCUAUCACCACCCCUCUUUUUUUCAAGAGAUACAGACUAUGAUGCCUGAACACAUUCUUAAUAGCAUCAAGAAUACUAUUCAUCACUUCUCUUCUACCAAUGACAUUAUGGUUUGGACCCUUACUCCUGCAGGAUCCUACUCCUUUAAGAGUGCCUAUGAGGAAAUCAGACCUAACAGAAGUAUUCACAAUAGCAUUCAGAACAUCUGGAAUAAAAACAUUCCUACUAAAAUCUCUUUCUUCAUGUGGAAGGUGAUAAACAACUUGCAACCUUUUCAGGAAAAGUUACACCUAUUUGGCAGUCAUGGCCCCUUUAAACGUCCCUUUUGCAAUGACUUUGAUACAAGAGACCAGUGUUAUACCUCUUGUGAUUUAAGCAAGAAACUUUGGACCCAUUACAGUAACCUUCUUAAUAUCGUGAAUCAUAAUAGUGAGUCUCUAAAUUCUGUUUUAAAUCACGGGUUCACUGCCAAAGAUGAUUUUGAAAAUCUUAAUAGCCAGGUUGCUAUCUACAUUUGUUGGAUUAUUUGGAAAAGAGGAAACAUGUACAUUCAUGAUGAUACUGAUAUUUUAAUUUCUGAGGCUAUUGAUAUUAUCAAUAAGGAGAUUCGGGAUGUUAGUUGGGCCAAACCUUUUGUCACCAAAGCCACUGAGCCCCCGUUUUAGACAUCCAGAUUAUUAAACCCAAGUUGAAAGUUCAAAAACAUACCAACUGAGUUCUUAGUUGGGCUAGACCUCAUGCCAACUUCAUCAGAAUUAACAUUGCCAUCAGAACUACAAGGGAUGAGAAUAUUAUUUCUGGAACGAUCAUUCGGGAUAGCCAAGGGCACUUGAUACAUUACCAGUUCAACACUCAUAAUCAGUCUGACUACACUUCCAUAUUUUGUGAUAUUGUUAUUAGCCUGAAAAUUCUGUUUCAUGAUAACAGGUACACUAACAUCAUUAUUGAGAGUGACAGAUUACAGGUACUCAAGACUAUUCAAGGAACCGAAAGCCCAAGGUGGACAGCGAUAGCAAACCUUUAAGCCUUUACAGAAAUCUAUCAUUACGUUCAUUUUGACUAUUCUUACAUUAAGAAAUCUUGUAAUAGGGCGACUUAUUUUGUUGCGGCUAACGCAAAUUUAAUUACUAAUAGCCCAAACAUUUAUACGAAAUUUCAGGGUAUUCUCAAAUUUGAUGCAAUUAGCUACCCUUAUGUUGUGUAAUGUCGGUAGGUUUUGGCAAAAUGUCCCCCUACCAUGUACUUUUUUUCCCAUUAAAUAAACAGGUAAGGUGUUCCCCGAC